AUGAGCCACCACACCCGAACACUUGAGGUGAUUUUAAGCCCCCAGCAAGGUGCACCAGCAGGACCAGGAGGCAGCCUGGGCCCCCCGCAUCACUCCUAUCUGUGCUGACCUAGGUAAGUCCCUCUCUCUGAAUCUCGGCCAUCACAUACAAUGCAAGUAGGAAGAUGGGCAGGACUGGGGGUGGGGCAGGCAGAGGCCACCUCUGUCAGGCUGGGGUGACAUGGGCUGGAGCCUGUCUUCCCAUACCUGGGACAUGACCUCCAAGGACCAGCUGUCGGUCAUGGUGAUGGGCUGGCUGGGGUUGGCAGGGAGCUUGCUCUCCUUCUCGGAGGGCCGGAGCAGUGUGGGGCCAAAGACCGUGGCGAGGUUGUGCAGGGACAUCUUAUUGACUGCCUCCUUCUCUGCCACCCUGUGGAGGACCGAAGCAGGUGCUGUUUCAACACCACCACCAGCAAAGAGGUGGAGGGGCUGGGCCAUGCUGGAGUCCUCAGGGAAGGAGUGACCUAGACCCUGGGUGUGCUGCAAGCUGACUCCAGCCCUG